UUAAAACAAGUUCUGUGAUUUGAUACUGUGUUAUAUGUGAUAUGUAGUGCUUAAAAUAUCAUUAGUGCAUUAAUAGACACGUUAAUGUAAGAAAUAGGGCAUCAUUGAAAUAGAAAUGUAACGAUUACGAUGCCGGGAAAGUGGACUUUAUCCAUCCAAUUAGAGUAGUACCCGUCUUAGCAAUGGAACGCUAAAAUACACAGCAGUCGGCGUUCACUUUAAUAGUUGUGCCGGAUCCAUUACGAGCCUAGCCGUAUGAUGAGGGAAAAAACUCCGAUUUCAAGCAUACAUUAGUGUCGAGACAUUUUUAAAAUGUUGAAAAAAUUACUUCACACUAUAGUAGCCAGCUGUGCUUCCAAUUUCGUUGGUUUCUUAGCACCAUUGGUCAUUCCACCCCUACACAUUAUGUCCAUUUAUCGUUUUUGGAAAGGUUUUGCAAGAGAAGUAGACAAGCAAUAUUGCUCAUGUUCUUGUUGGGACACGGUCUUCAAAGGAUCCUACGAGUCCGGUAUUGCUUCGUAUAAACAUAUGUAUUUCAAUGCCACGACAAAUAUGCUGAAGAUCUGGGCAAUAGCGGUCUUUGGAAUUAUUAUUUUUUACGAGACUGUUAAGCAUUUAACGUGGUUAGCAUUUCAUAAGAGACUUCGAUGGAAAAUGUUUGUACUUUUUGUGAGUGCAUUUUUUUCUCAUUAUUACUCCUGGUGGGUUUACAUCAACUAUUGGAACGACGAAUUUUACUCUCAAUGGUAUCAUCAGUUAUUUUUUUCCGUAACUGAGAUAAUAUCUACAAUAUUGGUUAUUCAUUUGGCCGACGAAAGUAAUCCCGUGAAACGCAGGCAAGCUUUUGCAAUAGUCAGUAUUGCUCUUUUACAUAUUUUUGCUGGUGGAUUAGAUCAAUUUGUCACGAAUGUUGUCAGAGGCGAAGGCUACUCACAUCAGGUUGUUCGAGAUCUUGGUUUUAUGAUUCCCGACAUACUUCAUGUAAUUAUUCCAUUAUGUUCAUUGGAAUUUAAGAGUUCUCGGCUCUUACCUGGAACUAGCUUCCGAGAUCCAUAUCUUAAACUAGAUAUUUUCUAUCUGAUUAGUUCAGUAAUUUUUGGUCUUUGUUUGUAUUCAGUUUUAUGAUUGAGUAACUUUUCGAUUGUAUCACAAAAAAUUUACUUUCAAUAAUGUAAUCAAGUGCUUUGUUUUCAUUUCAUUACUUUAAACAUCUUAACUGAUGCGACUUUCAAUUCGUGAACGAAUUAACAACAUGAUAAAUUUUCAAGCGAGUUAUACUAUUGUUAAAUAUAAUUACUUAUUUAUUUUUGCAGACUAUUUGAUUUUUUCCAAGUUUUCGGAAUGGAAUUCCAUUAUAUAGAUUUUUGGAGCUUUAUUAAGUCAUGAUGUCAUGGAGGACAAGCUUAAUUGCAAACUUUGCCAAAACCUUGUACAUACGUAUAAAACAUAUCGAUUAUCAGUUAAGGUGUUUAAUAGUUACUUAAAUUGCGUAAUCUGCUUAGAGAUUGAAACCAUCAAAAAACGAUAACAACAUAAGCGCAUAAUAAUAGAAAAUCAAAUCACUUCCGGAAUCCCGAAUUCCUUAGUUACAUUAGCAUAUUAUGAACAUUACAAAACCAUUUAGAUAUCUUAAACUUAGAUUAAUAUUGACAAAUAAAAUUAACAAUGUAGAAUCAAUGUCUUUCUAUAUUCUAGAUGAAUACAUAUUCAGAUAUUUUUUCAAUCUGUUCUUACGAUGAAAAAAUCGCAGUAAUGGAUAAGAUAAUUUCCUGAAAUUGUCUUGUUUUCAAUAUGUCUUUACCCUUCUAUUUUGAUAUAUAAUCUCUAACACUAAUCCAUGAACCGGAUUAAAGAGUUGGAUAAUUUUAAUUAGAUGCUCUGCAUGUGAAGCGUAAUAUUUUUCUUAUACGAUGCUUAUUAUCAUUUUUAUGAUGAUGUGUUUUGAUUUCCAGUUUUUUUUAUUAUUUAUUUCUCUAUACUCUUGUUAAGUUUUCAAAUGAUUUGCAAUAACUUUUAUAAUCAAAUUCAUACGAAAUUCUCUUUAAUUUCAUCGAAGGCCUAAUGCGUUUUAAUAAAUACGAAAAUAAUAG